AUGGAAUAGAAAGCCCAGCUGAAUCGACGUCGUUCAUAGAGAGCUAGAGAAAAAAAAAAAAUACGCGUGAUCUCUUUCCUCCUUCCUCACAGCGCCGUUCCCUUCUUCCUCGCUCAACACCUCGCGCAACGAGAACGCGGCACCUCAAGAGCUUGCUGCAAAUACAGGUGAUUGCGGAUGGCGGAGGUAAAUUUGAAUAAAAACGUCCCUUUUGAAGAAAAUGAGACUUUUGAGCCCAUAAAUGGCAAUGGCAAUAAGGAGGCCGCCGAACAAUCUAAAAUUUUGCAAAACGAUGAAGAUGACGACAAAGACAUUGCAAAGAAAAAAAAGAAGAAAAGUAAAAGCAAGAAAAAGAAAGCACCGCAGGAGCAGACUAAUCCACAAUCUAUGCAAGCGCAGACUGAUCCACCAUCUAUUCCUGUUGUUGACCUGUUUCCAUCUGGGGAGUUUCUUGAGGGUGAAAUUCAACAGUACAAAGACGACAACCUGUGGAGGUCUACCUCUGAAGAGAAGAGGGAGUUGGAACGUGUUGAAAAACCAAUGUAUAAUUCGGUUCGUCGAGCAGCUGAAGUUCAUCGCCAGGUUCGGAAAUACAUCAAGGGAAUUUUAAGGCCUGGAAUGUUGAUGACUGAUUUGUGUGAGACUUUGGAGAACACAGUUCGGAAGUUAAUAUCCGAGAAUGGUCUGGAAGCAGGCAUUGCUUUCCCCACGGGAUGCUCUUUGAAUUGGGUUGCUGCUCAUUGGACCCCAAAUACAGGCGACAAGACAGUGCUUCAGUAUGAUGAUGUAAUGAAAUUGGAUUUUGGAACUCAUGUUGACGGAUGUAUAGUUGACUGUGCAUUUACAGUAGCGUUCAAUCCUAUGUUUGAUCCACUGCUUGAAGCCUCACGUGAAGCAACAAAUACGGGUAUCAAGGAGUCUGGAAUUGAUGUGCGUCUUUGUGAUGUUGGUGCUGCAAUCCAAGAAGUCAUGGAAUCGUAUGAGGUUGAAAUCAAUGGAAAGGUGUAUCAAGUUAAAAGUAUCCGAAACUUGAAUGGACAUAGCAUUGGACGUUAUCAAAUUCAUGCUGGAAAAUCUGUUCCUAUUGUGAAAGGAGGGGAGCAGACGAAAAUGGAAGAGGGUGAAUUUUUUGCAAUUGAAACUUUUGCAUCAACUGGGAAAGGUUAUGUCAGAGAAGAUCUAGAGUGCAGCCAUUACAUGAAAAAUUUUGAAGUUGGCCACAUCCCAUUGAGGAUGCCCAGGGCAAAGCAAUUGCUAGCAACAAUUAACAAGAACUUCUCCACUUUGGCCUUUUGCAGGCGGUAUUUAGACCGCCUGGGAGAGACGAAAUAUCUUAUGGCGCUAAAGAAUUUGUGUGAUGCUGGCAUUGUCCAGCCCUAUCCUCCUCUCUGUGAUGUUAAAGGCAGUUAUGUAUCUCAGUUUGAGCAUACCAUUUUGCUUCGGCCAACCUGCAAAGAGGUCAUAUCCAGAGGUGAUGACUACUGAUAUGGACGACGAUAACUUUGCCAUGAAAACCUGCAUGGUGGUUGUACCAUGUUUUUUGAGUACAAACAGGAAUAAGUUUAUUUUUGUGUUUUCCGCAUUUAUCUCUGUUAUCGUUUAACUGCAAUGAAAUUUUUUCUCAGUAUUUUGCUUGUCGUAUGUGACAUGUCUAUUGAAAAAGACACUGGUUCCAUAGAAACAUUUGAAUUUCAAAGAAAAAAUUUCGGUGA